AUGGCUGAUAAAGAUGGCUUUUUGAGUGACGAUGUAUUUAGUGAUGCUAAUUAAGGGUUCUUUUACGGAUAGAAAAAAAUAAAACAAAGUUGUCCUAAAUCAAAUGGUUGAAUUGUGGAAGGAAAAUGAAGAAUUUAAUAAAUCAGAGUAUAUAACGAAUGGAGUUUCACAUUAAUAAAAUGAUUUCUAAGAAGAAUUAGAUGAAGAAUAUGAAUAAGAAUAUAAAGGAGUGAAUGUACCAGAACAGAUAAAUAUAGAUUUAAUUCAUAUGAAUUCUUUAUAGAAGGCAUAUAUAUAUAAAGAUAAGUAUAUAAUCAGCUAUUAAAGUAGCUAAGAUAUCCGAUGUUGCACAUAAGAAAAUAAAUACUAAUAUUAAUCAGAACUAUUUCAUACAUGGCUUUGAAGAUUUCAAAACACUAAAUAUUUGAGGCAUUAACUCUAGUAGUAAUAAUAAUAAAUUCAAUAUUGCUUUCAAUAUAAUAUGAUGAUUAAGAAACAAUUGAACUAACCUUUUUAAUAUUAUUUUACAUAGAAGCUAUGAUAAAAAUAAUAGGGAAAGGUUUAAUACUAAAUUCAGAUGCUUAUUUAAGAGAUAUUUGGAAUAUAAUAGAUGCAUUAGUUAUAGUAGCAGGAUCUUUGUAAUAUUUUAUGAGUAACUCAGUAUAAUUAAGUGCUUUAAGAUCAUUAAGAGUAUUAAGACCUUUGAAAGCAAUUUCAUCAAUAUAAUCACUUAAGUAAAUUAUGACAACAUUCUUCUUAUCUUUUAAUGAAUUGGCAAAUGCUUUAUUAGUAUUGGGAUUUACAUAUGUUAUUUUUGCAAUAAUUGGAUUAUAAUUAUUUUAAGGAUACACUAAAUAUAGAUGUUUUGAUGAACUUGGAAUCUAAUCAAUGUAAAUUGAAUAACAAUAUUGUCAUAAAUGUCUUGAUAAUUUUAUUUGUGGUAAAAUGUUAGAAAAUCCAAGAAAAGGAUAUUUAAGUUUUGAUAAUUUUGGUCUAGCUUUAUUAUAAGUUUUCAUAAUAAGUAAUUUAGAAGGUUGGGUAGACAUAAUGUCAUCUAUUAUUUACACUUUUUCUGAAGCAGCAGUUCUAUUUUUUAUAACUUUCAUUAUUAUUAGUGCUUAUUUCUUGAUUAAUUUAACAUUAGCUAUUUUAAAAGUAAAUUUUAAGAAAUCUAAUUAAAUUGAAGAUAUUACAAUUGAAGAAGUGUCAUAUAAUUAUAGACAAUUAAAAAGAUUAAACAUAUAUAAACCAAUUAUUGAAAAUAAAAGAAAAUCAAAUUUUUAAAGAUAAUAAAGUAUGAGAAGAUCCAGAAUUGUUAGAUCAAUUCAACCUAAAUAGCCAACUUUUAUUGAAAAUUCAGCUAAUUAAACUGCUUAAAUUAAAUUACCAUUUAAACCAUUAUUAAUUAAAGAAUUUAGUAAACCUAAAAAAUUAAAACAUCAUAAUACUAUGAUUACAUUACACGGUAUUUAUGGAGUUAAAAAUGAUGAUUAAAAAGAUUAAAAAUUAAAAAAUAAUGAUACUAAUAAUCAAGCACAUCUUUAUAGAAGAGCUACUUAAAGAAAUAUUCUUCAAAGAGGAACUAGUAUUUUAGAAAAUAAUCCACUUUAAGAAUUAGAAUUAAUGUUAUAAGGAGAAAAAGAAAGAAAUCCAAGAUAAACUUUAGCUUAAUAAAGAUUAAUUAAAGAUGUAAAAUUAAUUGCCUCUUCUUUUUAAAAAUCUCCAGCUAUAAUUACUACAGUCAAAUAAGCUUUAAGAAAAAGUAAAAUAGAAUAAGAAAUAAAAUAAUAAGAAAAUUCUUUAAGUGUUUCAUUAACUGAAAUUGAAUCAAUCACAGAUGAAAAAGUAAAGGAAAGAUUUUAAGAAUUAGAUAUUCUUUAUUAAGAAGAUAAAUAAGAAAUAAUUGAAAAAGAACCUCCUAAAUAAAUAUAAAACACUUAAAAAAAAUAAAAGAAAGUUGAAUAAUAUAAAUCUUAAAUUUAAGAAAUUAGUAAAGAACAUGAAAAAUUAAAAAUAAGACUAUUUGAAACUAAAUUAUAUCCAAGAGUUCUUUAUAAUGAUUAUCAUUGUGAAUCUAUUAAAGAUAUAUUGCCAUCAUUAGAAAAACAAAUUUAAUUAAAUGAACUUUAAAGUAGAGAAGAAAAAAGAAGAAAUAUGAAAAUUUUAUUACGUUACUAAUUGUAAAUUUAAGUUAUUGAAAAGAAAUUUGAAAAAAAAGAUAGAAAACCAACUUAUGAUUCUUCUAAAGAAUCAUCAAAUAAAAAUUUGAAAAUAUUUCCUGAUGUUAUAAACUAAUAAUCAAAAUUUGCUAGAUAAGCAGAUUUUAUAGCUAGAUCACCUUCUUCUUUUAAUGGUAGCAAUAGAUAAAAAGUCAUUGGAAAAUCAUAUUAUAAACCAUAUAAUUAAAUCUAAAAAUACUCAUAUAAAUAAUAUAAAGAGUUAUUUAAUUAAGAUUUAACUGAUUAAUAAUUGCAUAAUAGAAUAGAUGAAGUUGAAAUAAAAGAUCCUGAAGUUAAAAUACCAAGGGAAGAAUACUUUCAUCAUCAUAAAUUUUAUUAACAAUUUCAUUCCCAAAAAAUAUAGGAUAUAGAAAAUAUGAAUGGAGAAUUAAUAACUGAGGCUUCAAUUUUAGAAGUUAAAGCAGUUGAUUUUAAUCCUUAUAUGAUGAAUAAAUAUGAACAAAUUAUUAAAGCUUUAAAUUAUACAUAAGCCAAUUUUUUCAUCUACAUGAAAGGCAUUGUUGGUAUUUGUAUAUUAGCUAGAUUUAAAUUUAAUAUUAUUUUAAAUACAAAUAGUUUUGAAUAUUUUAUUAAUCUUUUUGUUUUAGCCAAUACAAUUGUAUUAGGAUUAGAUGGUUUAGUUAGUAAUACAACACAAUUGGAGAAUUUAAAUUUAUUUUUUACCAUUUUAUUCACCUUAGAAUAAUUAUUAAAGAUUUUUACUUUUGGUAUUUCUAAAUAUAGUAGAGAUAUUAUGAAUAUUUUUGAUUUAUGUAUUGUUCUUAUAAGCUUAAUUGAUUUACUUUUUUUAUCUACUGGAAGUGGAUCUCAUUUAUAAGCAUUUAGAUCUCUUAGACUUUUUAGAGCAUUUAGAAUAUUGAGAGUAACUAAAUUAGUUAGGUAUAUAUUAAUAUAAUUUUUAUUAGGAGUCUGGCUUACACAAGCUUUUUAAUCUAAAUUUUGAGUAAUGCUUUCUAUUCACUAGUUUAUAUAACAUUUUUAUUAUUUCUGUUCAUAUAUAUAUUUACACUAUUAGGCAUGUCAUUUUUUUCAGGAGCACUAACAAACACUUAAUAUAGAACUAGUUUUGAUACUUUUUUAGAUAGUUUAUUAGUUGUUACUUAAAUUUUAAUUCUAUAAUGGAUUGAUGUUUUAUAUGAAUUGCUUUUUUCAGAGGUGAAUAAUUCAAUAGUUAUAAUUUAUCUACUAGUUUGGAUAUUCAUAGGAAAUUAUGUUUUAUUAAAUUUAUUGAUGGCUAGUCUAUUAAAUUAUUUUGAAGAUGAAUAUUAAUAAGUAUCUAUUUAGUAUCAAAAACCCCAGAUUUCUGUUACAAUUGUUGAUAAAGUAAAUGAGGACAGUCCAGAAAACCUUAUUUUUCAUAAAGAUAGAACAUAAUUUAGUAAUUCAAGCUCAAAUGAUAUGAGAAUGUCAACUAUGAAAAAUGCUUUUACUCAUAAUUUUGAUUUUAGACAAUGUAAAAUUUCCCUGUUUUUAUUUAAUGAACAAAAUAGCUUUAGAAUUAUAUGUUAAAGAAUUAUAAAUCAUAAAAUGUUUUCAUUGAUCAUAUUUUUUGCAAUAUGUUUUAGUACUAUAAAAUUGAUAUUGGAUACUUAUUUUAAUGACUUUAUGCUCGGAUUAGAUAUUUUUAUUACUUGUGUAUUUUUACUUGAAUUUAUCCUCAAAGUUAUUGCAUAAGGAUUUAUAGCUGAACCAAACACUUACAUGAGAAAUACAUGGAAUGUCUUAGAUUUUAUUAUUAUAGUAUUUUCAAUUAUUGAUAUACCUUAUACAGAUAAAAAUUUAAGCUACAUUAAAGUAUUAAGAUUAUUAAGAACAUUGAGACCACUAAGAUUGGUUAAAGAAAAUAAAUAACUCAAAUUAUUAGUAACAACUCUGUUAAAUUCACUCUCAGGUGUAAUGAAUGUGACACUUAUAAUUUUAUUAGUGUUUAUUAUGUUUGGAAUUCUAGGUGUAAGUUUGCUUUAAGAUAAAAUGCAUUAUUGUGAAAUGAUUACAAAAAAUGAAUUUAAUUAUUAUAAUUAAAAAGAAUGUGAGUAAUUUGGAGGAGAAUGGAGUUAUAGAAACAUGAAUUUUGAUAACAUUUUUAAUGCAAUAUUGACAUUAUUUAUUCUUAGUAGAAGAGAUGAUUGGGAUAAAUAGAUAUAUUGGUAUAUUGAUGCAAGUGAAGAUGGUCCUAAGAGAGAUGCUAAUUUAUGGAUAAUUUUAUAUUUUCUUACAUUUAUUUAUACAGGUUCUAUAUUAUUGAUGGAUUUGUUUACAGGUGUAAUCUUUGUUAAUUAUAAAUUUGCUGAUUUCUCUUUGAAAGAUAAGAUAAUGUCAGCCGAUUAAGAGGAUUGGAUAAAUAUAUAGAAAAUGAUAAUAUCUUCUAGUCCAAAUUUUGCUUUAUAUUAUCCUCCAAUGAAUUAAUAUAGAGCAACUAUAUUUAAAAUGAUAUCAAAUAAAUAUUUUGAUGGAAUAAUAAUAUUUCUUAUAAUUUUUAACAUUGUCGUGUUGUCUUUGAAUUAUGAUGGUAAGAAUAAAUUUAAUUUUAGAAUCCUCAACAAAUUACAAUCAAAUAUUAGAGACUUUAAAUUUAUGUUUCAACUUUAUUUUUAUUGGAGAAUGUAUUCUAAAAAUAAUUGCGUAUGGUCCAAGAGGAUACUUUAGAAAUAAUUGGAAUUAAUUUGAUUUUUUUGUUGUUUUAACAUCAGCUCUUGAUAUUACUCUGAAAUUGAGUGGUGCUAGUAAUUAAAAUUCAUUUUUAUCAUCUGGACCUUAAUUAUUUAGAGUGUUUAGAGUUUUGAGAGUAACAAAAUUAUUUAGAUUGGUAAAAUAAUUAAAAGGUUUAAAAAAAUUGAUUGAUACUGCUACUUUUGCAUUACCUGAAUUAUUUGAAUUAAUCUUACUUUUGUUAUUAAUGUAUUGUAUAUUUGCAAUCCUUGCAGUUUUUUUAUAUUCUGAUAUUAAAGUGGGAAGUAUUAUUGAUGAUACUUAUAAUUUUAAGAAUUUUCAUCAUGCACUUUUAACACUUUUUAGAUGUACUACUGGUGAAGGUUAAUAUUUAAUAAUAUAUGAUAUAAUGUAGUCUCAUGGAGCAGUACAUAGUCUAUUCUUUAUAGUAUUUUCAAUAGCAAUUUAAAGAAUAAUGUUAAAUUUAUUUGUUUUAAUUGUUAUUCAAUAAUAUGAAAGAUUUUAUAUAAAUUCCGACAAUCCUUUAUAAAGAUUUAAAGAAUUUGAAUAAGAUUUUAUUGAUGGUUGGGCUCCUUUAUCUAAAUAAUAUGGUGGAAAAUAUAUAAAAGUAAAAUAGUUGAUCAGUCUUGUUUUAACAAUCAAAUCUCCUUUGGGUUAUGAUUUAAAUGAAAAGAUAUUAUCCGCAUUGGAUGAUUGGAAGAAAUUUAAUUCAGAUGUUAAAUAAACUUAAUAGAAUAUUGAUAGAAUUAUUAAUAUUGUUACAGCAGAUUCUAAAAAGAAAGUAGCAACUAUGAUCAUGACUAUGGAAAUGACAGCUACUGAUGAAGGUGAAUUAGAAUAUCAUUAUGUGUUCUUUACCAUCAUGAAAAUGUUUUAAUAGAAAUUUAUGAAAAAAACUACUAAAGAAGCGAAAUCUAAAAUAAAAUAACAUGAAGAAUAAACUUUAUAAAGAAUUAGAAAAAACAGAAUCUAUAUUAAUGGAGUGAAUCCUUGUGUUUAAUUGUUGUAUGUAAUGAUGUGUUUCAAAGCUGUUAAAAGAUUCUCAGAAAAGGCAUAAGAUAAAGCACUUAAAAAACCCUAAGAAUUUAGUGAGUAAAGCUCUGAUUCAUAUUAUUGCUAUUCAAGUUCAGAAAUCGCUCAACGUGAACCACAAAGCAUUAUUUCAAAUACAUCAAGAGAGUCUUAUAAUUAAUUUUGCACUCCACCUGAUUUAACUGUAUAUCAGAGCGAUCUUAAUAUUAAUAGUAAUAAAACUUCUUUAAUUCAAAUUUUAAACCGAUAGCAAGUAUCAUUAAGUUAAACAAGUGAAAUCAAUAGUCCCUAUAUUGAAUCUGCUAAAUGA